UUUGUCAUUUUUUAACACUUAAUUAAUUAAAAAAUAUUUUUGAAUUUGUUAGAAUAAUUUUUAUUACUGUUAAAAAUCAGAAUGUCUGAAGCAAAAGUCAACAGUGAUGAUAUUGAAUUAGUAUUCCAGCGGCUUAGGUCGAAUCCAGGCAAUAAAACUUGUUUUGAUUGUGAUUCCAAAAAUCCAACAUGGUCAAGUAUUACAUAUGGUGUAUUUAUUUGUUUGGACUGCUCUGCAGUCCAUAGAAGUAUGGGAGUCCAUCUAACUUUUGUAAGGUCUACUCAAUUAGAUACAAAUUGGACAUGGCUACAACUACGACAAAUGCAGUUAGGUGGAAAUUCUAAUGCUAUGGCUUUCUUCAGGCAACAUAAUUGUUUGUCAAAAGAUGCACAGCAAAAAUAUAAUUCUAGAGCAGCUCAAUUAUAUAGAGAUAAACUUUUACAAACUGCUAGACAAGCAAUGAAAACUUAUGGCACACAGUUAUUUUUGGACCAAUCAAAUGUAAAUGAAACAAUUGAUGUGAAGCCAGUAGAUUUUUUUGAACAACAUUCAGUUAAUGUUAAUUCGUGCAAAGAAAAUGUUUUAACUAACAAUUUUAUGACUUUUACAUUUUCAAAACAAGAAAAAGGUGAUACACCUCUAUUAGGAAGUACUAAAGUUAUGAAUGAUGCAGAUCAAAAAUCUAUAGACCAUAAAACAUUAUUAGGGGGUCGUCAGGCACAUAAUAAAAGAUCAGGUUUAGGAAGUAAGAGACUAGGUUUGGGUGCUCAAAAAGUGAGAGCUAAUUUUGCUGAUAUCGAAAAAGAAGCAGAAUUAGCAGAUAAAAUUAAAUUUAGUGAACCUGAAAAAACAGAAAAUAAAGAAAAAUGCAACGAAGACAAAGAAUCUCAGAUGUCAUCAAUGAGAUUAGCAUAUCAGGAUUUAAGUAUUAAAAAGAACAAAGAAGAAGAAAAAUUAAAACAGUUUGAUCCCAAAAAAGCUGCUCAACUUGAAAGACUUGGAAUGGGAUUUACUUCUAAAAAUAUUGUUAGCCAUUCAGCAUUAAAUGAUAUGACAACACUAGAUAAAGAAGUUAAAAAACAAUCCAUGUUAGAUCAUAACGAAGAUCAAUUUUAUGAUUGUUUUGAUGAAGCUAAAACUGCUGAAGUGUUACAAAUAAUGAGCAAAGCUCGUCAAAUUACUAGCGAUGACUUUUUUGACUUUGAUGAUUCCAUUAGAAGUUUGAAAACAUCUUGUACACCAUCUAAAAUUGAUGUCAUAAAAAAUGAUUGGGAUAAUAUUAAACCAGCAAAAAAACCUCUCAAUGAUGAGAAAAACAACAGUUGGGACAAUUUUGAAUAUUCUAAUAAAAAACAAGGUAGAAAUAAUAGAACAAAUAAUAUUGCAUCUCCACCUACAGAUAAUAAUGAAGCUUUAAAAAAAUUUGGCGGAGCUAAAUCAAUAUCAUCUACUCAAUAUUUUGGUGAUAAUCAAUCUCCAUCUGAAAAAUCAAAUCUCUCCCGUUUCGAAGGAAGUAAUAGUAUUUCAUCAGCUGAAUUAUUUGGAAGAGAAGAAAUAACAGGUAUUAAUUCUACGUAUCAACCACCAGACUUGGAUGAUGUAAAGGAAAGUGUUAAACAAGGUGUAACAAAAGUAGCUGGUAAAUUGUCAUCUUUGGCUAAUGGAAUGAUGUCAUCAUUUCAGGAAAAAUAUGGAGGCUAUUAAAAAUAUGAAUUCAUUACAGA